UGGAAGGACCGUUGGACACAGCGCGUGAUCGGGACAAGGGUGAUAACGAAUCUCAAAAUGGAUUUCAAUUCAAUUGAUUUUACAAAGCCUCCUCCGGGGUGGCCAUUCACCGCCACAUCUGCACCUCCAAACCCGCAGCUAGUUGAGGAGGUGACAGUUAUGCGUAGUCGCAGAUUCAUGGCUCCAAUUUCUCAACAACAACCAAUGCUUUGCCGUUCAAGUGAUAGUCUGAACAAUCCUCAAGUGGUAAGUGGACCACAAAGCAUUGCCCGUGCUGAAGAGCCUUUGAAUAUGGGGUCGGAAAUUGUGAAUCCCCACUCUUCAGCAACAUUUCCUAAUCUACAAGCCCUACAAUGGCAACCUAAUUUUGCUGCAGUGGGCAAUGGACAGAAUGUGAGAAUGCAAUCUGAAGAGGCAGCGACAUUCCAUGUGCCACAGAUUAAAGCAUCCCACUCCGUACCUAACGCUGGUAGUGCAGCCAAGACAGACCAGCCGCUCAAUCUUGUGACCCGGCAACAGAACCCAUGGCAACCUAGUAAUGCUGCAGAGUGCAACACCCAGAAUCCAAUUGUGAACCAGCCACUACACCUACCCCAACAACCAUCUUCUUGGCGUCCAAGUGAUGCGCCAGUACAAUGGCAUCCUAAUUUUGCUGCAGUGGGCAAUGGCCAGAAUGUGAGAAUGCAAUCUGAAGAGGCAGGAACAUUCCAUGUGCCACAGAUGAAAGCAUCCCACUCCGUACCUAAUGCUGAUGUACGUGCUGUAGCCAAGACAGGCCUGUCGCUCAAUCUUGGGACCCGGCAACAGAACCCAUGGCAACCUAGUAAUGCUGCAGUGGGCAAUGCCCAGAAUGUGAUUAUGCAAUCUGAAGAGGCAGGAACAUUCCAUGUGCCACAGAUGAAAGCAUCCCACUCCGUACCUAAUGCUGAUGCACGUGCUGUAGCCAAGACAGACCUGUCGCUCAAUCUUGGGACCCGGCAACAGAACCCAUGGCAACCUAGUAAUGCUGCAGAGUGCAACACCCAGAAUCCAAUUUCGAACCAGCCACUACACCUACCCCAACAACCAUCUUCUUGGCGUCCAAGUGAUGCGCCAGUACAAUGUCAACUUAAUGAUGCUGCAGAGGGCAACGCACAGAAUGUAGUUAUGAACCAGCCACAAUGUCUGCCAACACAACCAUCUUCUUCCAAACCGGAAAUCCGAAAGUACAAUUUGAGAAGCCAGAUGAUUAAUGCUAAGGCAACAACUUCGAGAAAUGUUGAUGUGGCAGGACCAAGUAAAAAUGUAUAUACAUUUUCUUCGUCCGAUGAUGAUUCAGAUGUUGGACUCCCCAAGAGAGGCAAGUCCUCAAAACUGUCCCUUAAAGGGACCAAGAAGGUUGUGAAACAGGCUGUUACAAUUGAUUCAUCCAGUGACGAUGAUGCCAAGCCAACAAUGCCUGGAAACAAAGAUGAUCAACAUAAUGUUGAAAUGAUUGACGAAUCCAGUGACAGUGACAUUCAAGAUUUUCCGGUUUUAAAAGAAGUAGAAGAUCUACUGAACCGUCCAAGUGCUCUUGACACUGUAGAUGGCAUGAGCAGACAAUGCAUUUUGGCCUACUUCUCCUGUUUCAAACCUGAGUCAAAAACCCUCUCCGACCUGCCACAGUUGCAGCCUGUGGAGGAUGAGUCACAUUUUUUUAGUUUGCUUGACAAUUUGCCACAUUGGCUGCGUAGUAAGAUCAAGAAAUUGUACCAAAAGGCUAAGGCUUCCUUUUUAAAGUAACUUCUCAUUUUCUGUGGUUGUUCACUUUGUUUUUAACUGUGUGAUUUGUUUGUUUAAUGGGAAUCUUUUGUAAGUUGCACUCUCUUAGGGAAGUGCAGUUUUUGGGAAUUUGGUUUUUAAGCUUGCUUUUGAUCAUGUCUAUUUUCUCCUUUUUAGUUUUGACUUUCUGGUUUUUGAUAAAGAAUUUUGGAGAUUUUUGAACACAGAGGAAGUUCUGUCCUCCGUGGUUGGUCACUUUAUUUUUAACUCUGUGAUUCGUUUGUUUAAUGGGGAUCAUUUGUAAGUUGCUUUCUCUUCGAGAAGUGCUGAUUUUGGAAAUUAUGUUCCAAUUGUUUUUUAAGCUUACUUUUGUUCAUUUCUAUUACUUCUUUUUAGUUUUGACUUUCUGGUCUUUUGAUAAAGAAUUUUAGAGAUGUUUGAACACAGAGGAAGUUCUGUCAUUCUCCAUGUGUUUCUGUGGUGGUUCACUUUAUUUUUAACUCUGUGAUUCGUUUGUUUAAUGGGAAUCAUUUGUAAGUUGCACUCUCUUCGAGAAGUGCUGAUUUUGGAAAUUAUGUUACAAUUGUUUUUUAAGCUUACUUUUGUUCAUUUCUACUACUUCUUUUUAAUUUUGACUUUCUGGUCUUUUGACAAAGAUGUUAAUAGAUUUUUGAGGAAGUUAUCAUUCUGUCCUUCUCUAUGUGUAAUGAAGGUUACUUGUAUGGUGUUUGCAUGACCACUUUCUUCAAUUAAGAUGGUUGCUAAAAUAAUAUGAAUGGCCAUGCCCUUCCUUGAUAAUCAUUGAAAUAAAACUCAUUUCUCACUUACAUUUCUAUCUGUCUUAAGUAUGCCUGCCCUGCGCCUUGUGCCCCAACUCUGUUGACAAGACCACAAUUGCACAUAUUAUAAGAUGAAGUGAUUACUGGUCGAGGUUAAAGUACGCACAUCAAAUCUGAUGGCAUGUUCAUGAAUCUAAAUUUA